AUGCCGAACAAGCACAAGAAGAAAACGCUGCCGUCUUCAAUGACGGACACCACUUCUACUUCUAACAUUCAUACACAGCAUCAGCCCGAAGAUGUGGGAGCUAGCGCUUCAUCAAGAAAUAUUCAUGAGGAAUUGAGAAACGAAUUGUUUUCGGAAGCAAUUGUUUAUCCCGAUUCCUUGAGUUUUUAUUAUGUAAAUGAUCCAAAUGUAAAACAACAGCCUGUAAUAUCAUAUAAAGAAGCUCUACAAAAACCUAGUGAAACUAAAACAAUUAAAAAGCCUCUUCUCGAAGAGUUUACUAUUGAUGAUCCCAUGAAAAUUGAUUGUACACGAAAAAUUAUGAUCAUCUUUUCUUUCAAAACAAAGGAACACAACAUGAUGAUGAGUUCAGACUCGCUAUCAGUAGAAGAGGAUGAUAACAACAAGGAAAAUUCAAAUCAACCCUUGAUUGCGGAGGCUAGCAUUACUUUAAAAAUUAUCCUACCAAUUGGAUAUCCAAUUUUACCUCCUGAAGUCACCAUAGAAAAUGCAAGUGGUAUGAGUAAAGAGAGUAUAAAGAAUCUCUAUGACAACAUAACAUCAAAAUGUAACGAAGGAAAAGGCUUCCAAUUGUUGCAUGAAAUAAUUACAACUUGUACAGAUGGUGUGAAAGAAUAUGUAGAGAGGCUCGAACAGGACUACUACAAUGAAAAGAGGAGAGCAAUAGAAGAAAAAGAAAAACGACAACAACUCAACAAACAGAAAGAGCAAGAAAUUAUUGACAUGGGUGUAAAGAGAAAGCAAAUGAUUAAAGAACAAAAAACAAGAAAGCAAGAACACAAGCUGAAACUAAUGAUGGAUGAAUCUCCAACACCCAUUAGCAAAGUCACAGAAGAAAUUUUUGAAUAUCAAAAAAGCAUGCAUGGACAAUCGACAAGCAGUCCUGUGUCGAAAUUUAAUUCUAACACACAAGAAGAAGAAGAUGAAGAAGACAAAGAUGCAUACUUGCAUUAUUCAGAAGGAGAAGAAGACGAUGAGAGUCACACUGAAGAGGAAGAAGACGAAGAGGAUGAAGAAGAAGAACAACCAAAACAUCGUAACUUUUUCAAACGAGCUGUCUUGGUAGACAGCGAUGAGGAGGAAGAAGAAAGCGACGCUAGUGAGGAGGAAAGUGAAGAAGAAGAGCUGGUGUUAGACGAGGACGAGGAAGAAGAUGACUCAAAAAAGAAGAAAAAACUACAGCAAAAGCCGUCUCACAAGUCAUCUCCCAUAUCCAUAAGAGAAGAGAAAGAAUCCAGUGAUUCUAGCCAAUCUGGUGCCAGUCCUGGGGUGGUAUCAUCCAGCCCAGCUAAAAACUUUUUCAGCUACUAUCUAGAUGCAAAAAAGCAAAAAGAAGAAACAACCCUAGAUGAAUUAACAGAGGAUCAUCAAAAGCGCACUCAAAUGCUUCUAGUUCACCUCAUCAAAAUAUUUUGCAACCGGCUUUCCAAAGAUCAAAAACAUGCUUUUACAGAGUUGACAGAGCAGCUUAUGAAAAUUGGAGUUUUGUCGCCCUCAAUGGAAAAGUAUAUUUCAAAUUUUACAGAGUUCAAAGAACAGUUCAGAAAUCUAUUUAAUGAGCAAAUCAAAACAGCCUCAGAAAGUGCUGUCGAGCCAUUUUCGUUCUUUUGGAGAGAGCCAUCCGACCAGGUCGACUCUUCUUCAUCAAGCUUGUCGCGGUACAAAACAGAUUUUGAAGAGCUCGAGCGAUUGGGCGAAGGAGGUUUUGGAAUGGUUACCAAAGUCAAAAAUCAGCUUGAUCAAAGAAUUUACGCAAUCAAGAAAAUUAAGUUCCAGUCCAGGGAUGAAAAAGAAGAGAAAACUAUUUUGAGAGAAGUCAACCUUUUAUCACGACUAAAUCAUAGCUACAUUGUAAGAUAUUUCAAUGCAUGGAGAGAGGAGAACAAUGAAACUCUCGAAAAUGAAAUUCUUGAAAGCAAUUCAGAUGAAACUGAAUAUUACAAUUUCGAUUCAGUUUCAGAGAUGACAGAACCUAAAACUAAAACGGAGUUCAAGUCAACAAACGCCUUCACCAAAAAUGUGCCAACCCGUAUUCUUUACAUUCAGAUGGAAUAUUGUCAAGAGACGCUCCGAGAAGUCAUUGACAAGACAUUGCUAUCACGAGAUGAAGCAUGGCGAUAUCUUAGACAAACAGUGGAAGCUCUCAAUUAUCUCCAUAAGAAUGACAUUAUUCAUCGUGAUUUGAAACCAAGCAAUCUCUUUAUCAGUGUAGAUCGAACUAUUAAGGUUGGAGACUUUGGACUUUCAGUUGCAGUGAGAGGAAAGUCACACUAUUAUCGACACCACAGAGGACAAUCUGAAUUUUCCUUGUCUCAAUCAAAUUCAUCUGAGUUGUCCACAGGAGUAGGAACUGCACUAUAUAGCGCUCCAGAGAUUUUUACAUCUCCUCAUUACUCUUCCAAGGUUGACAUUUAUUCAUUAGGAAUUAUUUUCUUUGAAAUGCUUCAUCCCAGGUUUUCCACUGGAAGCGAACGUCUUGUUGUAAUUUCAAAACUUCGUGAGACUGGUAAAGUUCCUCCUACUUUUCCAGCAGUUUAUGAAAAGGAAAAAGAGAUUAUUGAGUGGAUGCUUCAUGAGGACCCAGAAAAGCGACCCACUGCUGAACAGUUAUUGGGAUCUGAAUACAUGCCAAUAUCUACUACAGAAGAAAAACUUUCCAUUCUCUUUAACAGAAAAGAGAAGGAUUUAUCUAUUAGCAAUGAGUUUAAUUUAGCUAAGGUUUACAACAGAGAGAAAGCCAUUCUAACUCUUCAAUCGAUCUUUCACUUACAUGCAGCUGUACAGUUUGAUGUGGAAAUUUACUUCCCAAACAGUGACCAACUGGACGGCAUGGUUCAAGAAAAAGAUUCCUAUCCAGUCAUGUUCAAGUCAGGAAAACUCAUGAACAUUGCAAAAGAUGGAGCAGUUACACUCGCAAGGUAUUUGGCCAGACUUCCUAACGACCGUGAAAUCAAGUUUUUGAAACGAUACUCCUUCCAGAAUGUGGUCAAACAAAGUGAUAAAUCAGGUUUCACCAUGAAUCAGGUUUGCUCUGUUGACAUUGUGGGAUCUAGAUUUGGUCUCAUUACCGAUGCAGAGAUUAUCAAGAUGCUUACAAGAAUUGCAAAGGUUUUUGUACCAAAACAUGGCCGCUGGGUACUCAGAAUUAACCAUACAGGAGUUAUUUAUUCGAUAUUAGACUAUUGUGGAGUGCCCAAGAGAGAAUACGAAGAACUAUGCAAGUUCGUUUCAAAACGAAAAAAGUGUAACUAUGCUUGGAAUCAACCUGUGCCAGAGGGCAAGCCCAUUCUAAAAGAUUUAUUUAGGUUGAGAGGAGCCGUGGAUGCCACCAGACAAAAGCUUGCAAACAUUUUUACAAAUAUUGGAGCAAGAGAAGCGCUAAACGACAUUUCAACUGUGCUCAACAACUUUUCGAUAUGGGGCAUUGAUAAGUCCAAUGUUAAGAUUGAAUUCGACACGAGUUUAACAAAUGACUAUCAGAGAUAUAGCGGUUUGAUUUUCCAAUUUGGAAUUCAAAAAGGUGACGAUUACAUUGCUAUCAUGAAUGGUGGUAGAUAUGACAAAAUGGUCACCCACUUCACACUCUUUGAUAAGACGCCUCAGUAUGUGGUAGGAGCGAAUAUCAAACUCGAGAAAUUAUUUAGACAUACCCUUUUGGUAGAUACCAAACAAAAUACAGAGCCCAAUGAAGAGGACGAGCCUCUCAUUCCUCAUUUCGACAGUGGUGUGCCUCAAGUACUAGUAUACUCCGAAAAUAAGGGAAUUAAGGAAGAACGAAUGAGAGUUGCAGACAUGUUGUGGGAAGCAGGAAUCAAAGCUGAUUUAACCUAUGAUGACAAUACUGACUAUGAAUAUGUGAAAACCUAUUGCAAACAACACAAGGUUAAAUACAUUGUCGUAACCAAAUCCAAUCUCAUCUCCAAGAAUCUAGUAAGAAUUCGAUUAUCUGCCAAUCAAGAUUCAGAAACAGGUAUCAAGAAAGCAAAAGUCUACGAAAUUGACAAGAAAACUCUCGUCUCGUACAUUACAAGUGAAGGAAAGCAGAAAAAACCAACCACUCCAAGUGCCUCUUCAAGCACCAUUCCUCCACCAGGGUCUUCCCUCGACACCAUACCAGAAAAUCAUGUUAUAUUUUUACAACCUAAAAACAAAGCCAAACAUCAAAGUACAGCGACCAUUGCCAUUAAGAAAUGCACACAACAAGCCAAGUCCCUGUUGGAAGAAAGUGUGAUACUCAUAUCACUCACGCUCACGAGCCAGGACGUGAAGAAGAUUGCUACGGGAACUCAUCGUCCUCCUAGUGGUGGAAGUCUAGGAUCAGAAGCAGAUGUUCUUGCUAAAUACAUUAAGGAUCAUGACACGAAUAUUUUUAUUUAUACAUCAAAAGAUGACAAGGUGACAACCAUCUUGAAGAAAUAG